AUGGCAGACCCCGCCGAGUGCAGCAUCAAGGUGAUGUGCCGCUUCCGGCCUCUCAACGGGGCCGAGAUCCACAGAGGAGACAAGUUCAUCCCGCUCUUCAAGGGGGACGACACCAUCGUCAUCGGGCAAGGGAAGCCCUACGUCUUCGAUAAAGUAUUGCCUCCAAAUACCAGCCAAGAGCAAGUUUACAAUGCCUGUGCUAAACAGAUUGUCAAAGAUGUUUUGGAUGGAUACAAUGGAACCAUUUUUGCAUAUGGACAGACCUCUUCUGGAAAGACUCACACAAUGGAGGGAAAGCUGCAUGACCAUCAGCUCAUGGGAAUCAUUCCAAGAAUUGCCCAGGACAUAUUUGAUCAUAUUUAUUCUAUGGAUGAAAACUUAGAAUUCCAUAUAAAGGUCUCCUACUUUGAAAUUUAUUUGGACAAAAUUCGAGAUUUACUGGAUGUCUCCAAAACAAACUUGGCGGUACAUGAAGAUAAAAAUCGAGUUCCCUAUGUGAAGGGCUGUACGGAGAGGUUUGUAUCCAGCCCUGAAGAGGUGAUGGAUGUUAUCGAUGACGGAAAGGCAAACAGACACGUUGCUGUUACAAACAUGAAUGAACACAGUUCCAGAAGUCACAGUAUUUUUUUAAUCAAUAUAAAACAAGAGAAUAUUGAGACUGAAAAGAAGCUUUGUGGGAAAUUGUACCUUGUAGAUCUGGCAGGAAGUGAAAAGGUCAGCAAAACUGGAGCUGAGGGAGCAGUUCUGGAUGAAGCAAAAAACAUCAAUAAGUCUUUAUCAGCCUUGGGCAAUGUAAUCUCAGCCUUGGCUGAGGGAACGAAAUCCCAUGUCCCAUACAGGGACAGCAAAAUGACCAGGAUACUCCAGGACUCCCUCGGUGGAAACUGUCGAACAACUAUCAUUAUCUGCUGCUCUCCAUCCAUCUUCAAUGAGGCUGAGACAAAGUCCACCCUUAUGUUUGGCCAGCGAGCCAAGACCAUUAAGAACACCGUAUCGGUCAAUCUGGAGCUCACUGCUGAGGAGUGGAAGAAGAAAUAUGAAAAAGAGAAGGAUAAAAACAAAACCCUCAAGAAUAUCAUUCAGCACCUGGAGAUAGAGUUAAACAGAUGGAGGAGUGGUGAGGCCGUGCCCAUUGAUGAACAAACGAGUUCAAAAGAUCAAAAGAGCUUUGAGCCGUGUGACAACACACCGAUAAUUGACAACCUGUCCCCGGCCGCUGCCUGCAUCUCUUCAGAGGAGAAGAAGAAAUACGAAGAGGAGAUUGCCAGCUUGUACCUACAGCUGGAUGACAAGGAUGAUGAAAUUAACCAGCAGAGUCAGCUGGCUGAGAAGUUGAAGCAACAAAUGCUUGACCAAGAUGAGCUCCUGGCAUCAACUCGCCGAGAUUAUGAGAAAAUCCAAGAGGAGCUGACUCGGCUACAGAUUGAGAAUGAUGCUGCUAAGGAUGAAGUGAAGGAGGUUCUUCAAGCCCUGGAGGAACUGGCUGUGAAUUAUGACCAGAAGUCUCAAGAAGUGGAGGACAAGACCAAAGCCAACGAGCAGCUGACCGAUGAGCUGACUCAGAAAACAACCAGCUUGAUUGCAACACAACGGGAACUUCAUCAACUGCAGGAACACAGCAGCCACCAGAAGAAGAGAGCCACAGAGAUUCUCAACCUGUUGCUGAAGGACCUGGGCGAGAUUGGAGGCAUUAUUGGCACAAAUGAUGUGAAAACACUGGCAGAUGUGAAUGGUGUGAUCGAGGAGGAGUUCACAAUGGCUCGUCUGUAUAUUAGUAAGAUGAAAUCCGAGGUCAAGUCUCUGGUCAAUCGCAGCAAACAGCUGGAAACCGCACAGAUCGAGGCAAACCGCAAGAUUAACGCAACCGAGAAGGAGCUUGCCGCCUGCCAGCUGCUCAGCUCACAGCAUGAAGCAAAGAUCAAGUCAUUGACUGACUACAUGCAGAACAUGGAACAGCGGCGCAGGCAGCUUGAAGAAACCCAGGAUUCUCUGAAUGAGGAGCUGGCAAAACUGCAUGCUCAAGAGAGAAUGCAUGAAGUCUCCUUUAAGGACAAAGAGAAGGAACAUUUAACUAGACUACAGGAUGCAGAGGAAAUGAAGAAAGCUUUGGAACAGCAGAUGGAGGGUCACCGAGAAGCUCACCAGAAGCAGCUGUCCCGCCUAAGAGAUGAGAUUGAAGAGAAGCAGAAAGAGAUCGAUGAGCUCAAAGACCUCAAUCAGAAGCUUCAGCUACAGAAGGACAAACUGACCUCAGAUUAUGAGAAACUGAAGGCUGAAGAUGAGCAGAGACAGAUGGAGCUGGAGAAACUUGUGAUUCUUAAUGAGAAGAGGGAGCAAUCUCGAGAAGAUCUUAAAGGUUUGGAGGAAACUGUGGCCAGAGAACUCCAGACUUUACACAACCUGCGCAGGCUUUUUGUUCAGGAUCUCACCACUAGAGUGAAGAAGAGCGUGGAGCUGGACAGUGAUGAUGGAGGUGGCAGUGCAGCUCAGAAACAGAAGAUUUCCUUCUUGGAGAACAACCUUGAGCAGCUGACAAAAGUUCACAAACAGCUGGUUCGUGAUAACGCAGAUCUGCGCUGUGAGCUUCCGAAACUGGAGAAACGUCUUCGCGCUACAGCUGAAAGGGUCAAAGCUUUGGAGGGUGCAUUGAAGGAAGCCAAAGAAAAUGCAAUGCGAGACCGCAAGAGAUACCAGCAGGAGGUGGACCGCAUUAAGGAAGCUGUGAGAGCAAAGAACUUGGCCAGGAGAGUCCAUUCUGCCCAAAUUGCUAAGCCAAUUCGCCCCGGGCAUAUUACCAUCCAGCAGCUUCUCCGACAGCCAUGCACGCCGUCCGAGGUGGAGGCACAGCCGUGCAUUCUUCAGCUUAUUAUCACAACACAAAAUAAUUGGCAAGUGAGUAUAUGCAACACAAAAAUAACCACACACAUGCUACAUAAAUGUUGA